AAGGGGUGAGAUUUCUGGGCUCUUCCUGUAAGUUGAAAACUUGCCUGCGCGGAGAGAGAAAGUUUUCCUCUUCUCUUUUCCCAAACAUGAAGACAAUCAGCUUCCUUAUCUUGGUGGGAUUUACAGGAGAGCUCCAAGUAUUUUCAAGUGGCUCCUCUCCAGUCAAUUGCCGGUAUGAUUCCUAUGGCCCAUGGUCAGAAUGCAGUGGCUGUACCAAGACUCAGACUCGCCGGCGGUUGGUGGCUGUGUAUGGGCAGUAUGGAGGCCAGCCAUGUGCUGAAAGUGCUUUUGAAACACAAGCGUGUGAGCCCACACGAGGGUGUCCCAUAGAGGAGGGCUGUGGAGAACGUUUCAGGUGUUUUUCAGGUCAGUGCAUCAGCAAGUCAUUGGUUUGCAAUGGAGAUUCUGACUGUGAAGAAGACGGUGCUGAUGAGGACAGAUGUGAGGACUCAGAAAGCAGACCUUCCUGUGACAUUGACAAACCUCCUCCCAACAUAGAACUCACUGGCAACGGUUAUAAUGCACUCACUGGGCAGUUUAGGAACAGAGUCAUCAACACCAAAAGUUUUGGGGGCCAAUGCAGGAAAGUGUUCAGUGGGGAUGGAAAAGAUUUCUACAGACUGAGUGGAAAUAUUCUCUCCUAUACAUUCCAGGUGAAAGUAAAUAAUGAUUUUAAUUAUGAAUUUUACAACAGUAGUUGGUCUUACAUAAAACACACCUCUACAGAAUAUACAUCAGCCAGCAGGCGCAAGUCCUUUUUCAGAUCUUCAUCGUCGAAUUCACGGAGUUAUACAACAAAUACCAAGGAAAUGUCCAGGAAAAAGAGUUAUAAAUUGUUAGUUAUUCAGAAUACUGUUGAAGUGGCUCAAUUCAUUAAUAACAAUCCAGAAUCUUUACAACUUGCGGAGCCAUUCUGGAAAGAACUUUCCCACCUACCUUCUCUGUAUGACUAUAGUGCCUACCGAAGAUUAAUUGACCUGUAUGGGACACAUUAUCUGCACUCUGGAUCCUUAGGAGGAGAAUACAGAGUUAUAUUUUAUGUGGACUCAGGAGAGAUCAAACAAAGUGGUUCAGGUUCAAGAGAGGAGAAGGGGUGCAGUUCCUCUGAUUUCAAGUUUAUCUUUACAUCAUCGCGAUCCAAAUGCAAGGAACUGGAAGAUGCAUUAAAAUCAGCUUCAGGAACCCAGAGCAAUGUGCUGCGAGGAGACCCAUUUAUCACAGGGGGAGAAGCAGCAUUUGUAGCUGGUCUUAGUUUCCUAGAUUUGGACAAUCCUGCUGGAAACAAAAGGCGAUAUUCUGCCUGGGCACAAUCGGUGACUAAUCUUCCCCAAGUCAUAAAACAAAAGCUGACACCUUUAUAUGAGCUGGUAAAGGAAGUACCUUGUGCUUCUGUGAAGAGAUUGUACCUGAAACGGGCUCUCGAGGAGUAUCUGGAUGAAUCGGACCCCUGCCAUUGUCAGCCUUGCCAAAAUGGUGGCAUAGCCACCGUGGCCGGGACCCAGUGUCAGUGUCAUUGCAAACCAUACACAUUUGGCGUGGCAUGUGAGCAAGGAGUUCUGGUAGGGAAUCAAGCAGGAGGGGUUGAUGGAGGCUGGAGUUGCUGGACCACUUGGGGUCCCUGUGUUCAAGGGAAGAAAACAAGGAGUCGAGAAUGCAAUAACCCACCUCCUAGCGGGGGUGGAAAGGCCUGUAUUGGCGAAACAACUGAGAGCAGGCCCUGCCAGGCCGAGGAGCUGGAGCAUCUGCGAUUACUUGAACCACAUUGUUUUCCUUUGUCUUUGAGUCCAAAAGAAUUUUGUCCACCACCUCCUUCCUUAAAAGAUGGAUUUGUUCAAGGAGAAGGUGCCACAUUUCCUGUUGGGAAAAACAUAGUAUAUGCUUGCAAUGAAGGAUACUCUCUUAUUGGAGAUCCUGUUGCCAGAUGUGGACAAGAUUUACAGUGGCUUGUUGGGGAAAUGCGUUGCCAGCAACUCUCCUGUGUUCUACCCGAACUGCCGAAUAGCAUACAGAGUCAUCCCCACAAACCUUUCUACACAGUUGGUGAGAAGGUGACUCUUUCCUGUUCAGGUGGCAUGUCCUUAAAAGGUCCUUCAGUGUUUCUCUGCGGCUCCAGUCUUAAGUGGAGUCCUGAGAUGAGCAACGUCCAGUGUGUCCACAAAGCUAUUCCUACAACACAAGCAAUGCCUGAAUGUAAACGCUGGGAGAAACUGCAGAAUUCACGGUGCAUUUGUAAAAUGCCCUAUGAAUGUGGAUCUUCCCUGGAUGUAUGUGCUAGAGAUGAGAGAAGCAAAAGGACACUGCGUCUGACAGUAUGCAAGCUGCACGUUCUCCACUGUCAGGGUAGAAAUUACACUCUUACUGGUAAGGACAGCUGUGCUCCGUCAGCCCCAACUGAGAAAGCUUGUGGUGCCUGUCCACUGUGGGGACAAUGUGAUGCCCAGAGAAGCAAGUGUGUCUGCCGAGAAGCCUCGGAUUGCCAGGAAGAAGGGUUUAGCAUCUGUGUAGAGGUGAAUGGCAAGGAGCAGACCAUGUCUGAGUGUGAGGCGGGUAGCCUGCAAUGCCGAGGGCAGAGCAUCUCCAUCACCAGCAUAAAGCCCUGUGCUGCAGACACCCCGUAGUCUCGUUAGCAGGUGGCUGGGGCUGAGUUAAAACAGCUGAACAACCGGCACCUACAAUACCUUUCCAGCACGAAGCACAUUCUGUUUCUCUAGUGUAUACUUCAUGCUUCCACUCUCCUCCACCUGCAGAAAUAAACCCUUUGUUCU